UGGGAACAGAGAACAUAAUGGGGGGGGGAUGGGGUAAGCAAUAAAUCGAUCUGACUGCCCUCCCCCUUCAGCUUUUAUUACCAUCUCAUCAUUGUACCUACUUUUAGGAUCUGUGCUACCCUAUGGGCCAAAUGGGAACUAAACUUCUAGUUCCUACAAAGUUUAAUAAUUGAUGGUAAGAAUGGUGGCAGUCCUCAUGACUCCAUCUGCCUUUGUGAACAUAAGGCCAGAAAGGGCCUUGAAAAGGUAAAUCUUGUUCAUCUCUCUGUAUUUAGACAUACCAGCCAGACAAGAAUCAGAAUUUUAGAACGUCAGAGCUGGCAGGCCCUUUAGAGAUGGUUGCCUGGACCUUGUCCAAUGAGGGGCCCCGUUCUAUUGAGGAUUUUGUUUUGUUUUGCUUCACCCCCCACAACACAGUUUCCCCUGUGUUCUUCCACUGAAGAAAUCUUUGGCUUCUCGUGGCCUGUUCUGACUCAAACGGCUUCUGCUACCCUGAAGGGCUGCUUGGACUCCUCCCUGUCCUAUCGGCCCCUGUGAUGAGGCUUUCCCUGCUCCUCCUAGCCGGAGUACUUGCUUUGUUUCUCCCAAAGGAGAUCUGGGUUCAAGCCCAAGUAUCCUGCAGGGCUUUGGGAACUGCUAGGCCGGGUGGCGUAGGCGUAGGCGUAGGCGGGCCCCUCGAAAUGCAGGUUUGUGCCUGAGGCCCUGCACUGUUUUUGGCUUAGGUUUCCUGGUCAGCUUGAGCCCCAGACCUCUUCCUUCCUGCCCCAGCUCCCGCCGCUACUUCAACCCCGGGGGUCCUGGGUUUCCUGUUGCACCAGCGGCUUUCUGGCCUCUUCCCCUCUUAGCGCGGUGGGGCUGGGUACCCCAGGGUUCGGUUGAGACUAAGCCUCUGGAGGGACUGGGGUUGUCAAUCACUAAGGGGGUGGGGCCGUGGAGCAAGAGUUGAGUCGACGCCUCCCCGGAUGGCGAUCCCUGGAGGGACCCCUCAAGAAGCGGCCAGAAGGGCAAAGACAGACGAAGAGAAGGAUUCAACUUUGGUAGCCACUUGUCUCUGAAAGCCUCUUCUCUGCGAGAUGGGGAGAAGAUCUUCCAAACGGGAAGCCGCCGGCCCCGAAGCCUCCUCUUCUCGGAAGUAGAACCCUGUCCCCUCCGACUCGGCCCCGCCUCCGCUCGGUUCUGCCCAGUCCAACCUAUCGCCCCUUAGGUCCCGCCUCCCGCCAGCCUCAGCUCUCCCACCUUCCCAUCAGCCCACUCUCACGGUUGUUUUACGACAGUAUGGCUACUUUUCCAUCAGUGUCGGGUCUACCUCGAGAAUUUAGAUCAACGGUAGGGUGGCCAGUCCUCCCUCCUCGCUUUCCGGCAGGGUGGCCAGAUCUCCCGCCCCUCUACACCUGCUGACCACUUUCCGGCAGUGUGGUCGAAUCGGCGUUCCCCCCCCCCCCCCCCCCCCGCGAAAGAUCACUUUCCGGCAGUGUGGCGGGGCACCCCCGUCUGGUGCCCGCCGGAUCCGUGGGGUGCGGGGAGGUGGAGGGUUCGAGUCCCGCUUGAGGAAUGAGCCUGUUCGACCUUUUCCGGGGCUUUUUCGGAUUCCCGGCGCCUCAGAGGCGCAGGGAUCCCUUUUUUGGAGGGAUGACUAGAGAAGAGGAUGAUGAAGAUGAGGAGGAAGAAGGAGGGGGGACCUGGGGGGCCAGGUUCGGAGGACCCAGAUCCCCGGAAGAGUUCACUUUUGGCUUCAGUUUUGGCCCUGAGGAUGAGAUGCGUUUCCACGAUAACUUUGGCUUUGAUGAACUGAUUCGGGAUUUCAACCGUAUUUUCGGAGAUAUGGGGGCCUGGACCCUGCCGUCCCGCCCCCCUGAACUCCCAGGCCCAGAGCCAGAGGCCCCAAAUGAAAGGCAGAGGGAGGGGGAGACCAUCCGGGAUUCGAUGCUCAAGUAUCCAGAUAGUCACCAGCCCAAGAUUUUCAGUGGGAGCUCAGAGAGUGAAGCAGGGCACUCCUCUCCCAAAGUAGGCCCAGACUGGGACUCCAAGAGGCCUUUGCGUUCGUUUGGUGACAGGUGGCCAGUGAUCUCCGAUGCUAGAACCAAAGAGGAUAAGGAUCUUGAUUCUCAGGUUUCAAAGGAGGGCCUAGGUCAAGUCUUACAGCCCCAGCCUAAAUCGUACUUCAGAAGUGUCUCAGUUACCAAGAUAACUGGGCCAGAUGGGACGGUGGAGGAGCGUCGCACUGUCGUCGACAGUGAGGGCCACAAAGAAACCACAGUGACCCGCCGAGAAGCAGAUGGCAGUUAUAGAGAUGAUUCAGGCACCCCACAGCCUCCAGACUUGGGGGACAGCUCCUCCAUCCUGAAUUCAUUCCUAGGACGAUGGUUCCGGUCUUGAUGGCCCAAGAUGACUCCAUGGAGGAUUCCAUCUCUCUCCUAUAUAUUACCAUCUGGGGGGUCCUAACAUCAUUAGAUGACUGAGCUACUCUUCCUGCCACAGUGGGGGGGAUUCCUGAGGAUGGUGGGGAAUGUGACAGGUAAAGGGAAAGGUAACAUCUACUCUUCCCCAUCCCCCCAAAAUAAAAUCUUUAUUUAUGCUA